AUGUCUGUUACGACUAUCCCCUUCCCAUCCUAUAUGGGUGAUUCCGUUGUUGUUGAUAGUCCACCCGUGAAGAUGACUCUAACAAGAGAGUCUACUGUGCCUCCAGCCAACUGCUGUGUCUUCAUCGAGUGGGACGAUGUUCUUUUCCCAACCUCCUCUCUAUUGGACGGUCAUGUCCCUCCGAGUGACGCUCUUACUAAAGACUUCACCACUACUUUGUCCGGCCUGCUCACAGAGCUCAUCCUCAAGUGUAGAAACGACGGUCUCUUUAUUGUUUCUGCCAAUGAACCUGGUCACUUUGCCAGUGCUUUACGUGACCAUCUACCACCUGAUAUUGCUAACGUGAUAAGAAGGAGAUUCCAGACCAUAUUCUUGCCUAUGGGUGCUUGUGAAGACGCUCUCAAAGAUGCAGUGCUAGGCAUGGGUGAUCCGACUGCCCACGUUGUUUUAAUGAGUCGUAGGCCAGCAGUGCUGGGUACCGCCAAGGCGUUGAGUAAAUGUGACCCAGAAGGCUAUAUUAAAUGUGUUAGGUUUUCCCAUAGUCCGAGUCGUGGUAUGUUGAGACCUCAGCUCACUUCAGUUUUGGCAAACCUUGAGAGGAUCAUGACUUUGCGUAGGCACACUACUUUCGUACUGUGCAGUAAGAAGUCAACUGCUUACCAAAGGUCUAUUUCAGCGGACUCUACCGCUUCUACUACUGACGACGACACUUCUGUACAACGUUCGUCUUCUAUUGCUUGA